UUCCCACGAUAAACUAUCUCUCGUUCAAAGCCGAUAAAUACCACAAAACAGCCAGGAUAUCCUUUCAAGCUCACCCACUCGUCUGUUGCCGCCGCUACUGUAAAGCUCCCUCUCCUAUCAUUCACCACCCGCUCCCACUACCCUCCAUAGCUCUAGCCACCAAUGGCCCUACGCCUCUCCAUCUCCUCGUCUCACGGGCCGGCGUCCUCGCCGGCCAUCUCCACAUGCCGGCUGGCUGCCUGCGGGCGCUUCCCAGCCUUGGUUGGCACCUCAGCUGCGUCCCAGAAGAGGAGCCUCACGGUGAUGACGGGCUCUGAGAUGAGGGGAGUGACCGCCGUGAGGUCGAGCAGCUUGGAGACAACCUCGGUGGGAGCUGAGGCGGUGACCGGACAGGUGACAGAGGUGACCAAAGACACCUUCUGGCCAAUCGUCAAGGCGGCAGGAGACAAGGUCGUCGUCCUCGACAUGUACACUCAAUGGUGCGGCCCUUGCAAGAUGAUGGCACCGAAAUUCCAGGAGAUGUCCGAGAAGAACCUCGAUGUUGUGUUCCUCAAACUCGAUUGCAACCAGGACAACAAGCCUCUUGCAAAAGAGCUGGGCAUAAAGGUUGUGCCAACAUUCAAGAUUCUCAAGGAUGGGAAGGUUGUGAAGGAAGUCACUGGUGCCAAGAUCGAUGAAUUAGCUCAUGCCAUCGAGACAGUGAAGUGAAGUCAAGCUGAGAAAUACCCUGAAAAUGUGCAAGAAUUAGCAUGCUAUCAGCAGUGUACAGUAUGAAUGAGCCACACCCCUUUCGUGGAAGUGGAUACUCAGCAUGCAGAAAAAAGUUAUUCUAGUUCUUCUGCUUAUGAUUUAUAAGUCAUUAAGACCAAUGUACACUCAUUUCAUGUGGAGUGCUCAUUGUAAAUAAUCCUUCCAUGCUUCAUGAGGAUACUGUUUCUUUCCGAUAUUAAUAGUUUGCAAGUGAUCUUAGUCAUACUCA